AUUUCUAUUGAUCAUAUUUGUGUGAUCGGUUUCUCACUUUCCAGCUGCUUUAAGUAACAUUUUGAAUGAAGGACUUUUACUUGUAACGGGGUAUUUUUACACUGUGGUAUUGUUACUUAUACUUAUGUAAAGGAUCAGAGUACUUCUUCCACCACUGGCAGUACCAGUGAUUACAGCUUUAGACCACAAUGACACACUCGUUUAAGUCCAAACCAGAAAGCAUUGUCAUGCAGGUAGCCUGCAGCCUUAUAGUGAGUGACGCGGUGGAGGAGGGAGUGUCUGUGUUGGCUCCACAAGCUCUGGAUUGUGAAACCAGCAGCCUCCGGAGCAGCAGGUGUGUCGUGCACGGUCACAGUAUAGACCUCCAGAGACCGGGCUUCAGCGGAAGAAAAUCUGACUUUAAAACGAUGAAUGGGAGUGAGGUGGUGACGGCCGUGUACGACUUCGAGCGGCAUUUCGACCAAAGACGAGCUCUGCAAUGGAUGCAGGAAAACUGGACCACGUCGUUUGCGUUCUGUGGCCUCUACGUUGUGUUGGUAUUUGGAGGUCAGCACUACAUGAGGGAAAGGCCCAAACUGAACCUGCGAUGGCUGAUGGUGCUGUGGUCAUUCAGCCUGGCUAUCUUCAGCAUCAUGGGAGCAUCCAGGACUGGACUCUACAUGCUGCGCAUCCUCACAACCCGCGGCUUCAGACAUACUGUGUGCGACACCCGUUUCUACACCACCCCCGUCAGCAAAUUCUGGGCCUUCGCCUUUGCUGUUAGCAAGGUCCCCGAGCUGGGUGACACUAUGUUCGUCAUCCUGCGGAAGCAGCGCCUCAUCUUCCUGCAUUGGUACCACCACAUCACCGUGCUGCUCUACUCCUGGUACACCUACAAGGACCACGUGGCAGGUGGGAUCUGGUUCAUUACCAUCAACUAUGUGGUUCACUCUUUCAUGUACACCUACUACACAGCCCGGGCAGCCGGCCUGCGGGUGCCCCGCCCCUGUGCCAUGAUCGUCACAGCCUUCCAGAUCAUGCAGAUGGUGAUGGGGCUGGUGGUCCUGGGCUUGGUGUACCGCUGGAUGCAUGAGGUGCACUGUCCUUCCAGCAUUGACAAUGUCAAAUGGGGCUCUAUCAUGUACCUCAGCUACUUUGUCCUGUUUACCAUCUUCUUCUACAACAGCUACCUCAGAGGAUCCUCUGGGGCCAAAGGGUCCAAGGCAGAGUAGCCUGCCUGUUCUGUGCUCAGCAGUUGUAUUAAAGGGUGUGAGUCACACCUAGUUAACUGGCUCCUCAGUCCCCCACUAAUGAUGUUUGACCUUUUAUAGAAAUCUAUACCUCAAUCAGUGACAAACCCAGGGAUUUGGGGCGAGAGGAGACUUGUAAUGUGAUCUCAUGAGUAGUUUGGAGAACAGAAUGGAGAAGGAUUAAAGAAGGGGGUGGAGGAAUACCGUGCUGGUGUUUGACUAACGUGGUACUCGCAUCACGUAAAUUAAUGCCUUGGCUACUUAGACUCAGGGGCACUCGCCUUAUGUUUUUAAAAAGAACCUUAACUCAGGCCUAUUUUCUAUAUGCUCUUAUCCCAUAAGCACUUUAUUAGAUGAUGAGAUCUGACGUUCCUCAGCCGACAGCCGUCCCAGGGUGCAGCUCUUCCAGGAAAUGGGUUGUGUAAUAGACCGAGUCAAAGGUUUGGACAGACUUUCCCAUGUCCCCUUAAAGCUCCUUUUGCUCCUGUGCUUCGUUGUUUUCUAAAACGUUUAUUCUGUUCCCAGUCUGUGCAUCGGUAGUUAUGCACUCUGCACAUCAAAACCAAAAAUCUGUGAAGCAGAUUUAGUUUUGGUCUCUGUAGCCUCAAAGUCACUCAGGGGCAGACUGUGAGUGUCGGCGGCUGUGGGUUAACUUGAUCGUUUCAUUUGUCGGAUUUUAGAGGCCGGGAUGAGGCGCCAGUAUUUAAAAUUAGAGAGAAGUCAACACUUUUGUGUAACAAAUGUUUUGGUUUUAUCAGUUUAAUCCUAAGGUUGUGUUGGGAUUCCUGAGCCUCUUUUCCUCUGUUUGUACACAAUGCAUAUUAUUCCUUUUCAGAUACAAGUUAAUUUGUGGAAAAUUGGUCUUUAGGUUCUUGUUUUUAAUUUAAUCGUGACA